UUCCUUAAAGCAUCAUGAUUCUCAAUGCCGAUAAAGCAGAAUAAAAGGCAAAGAUAAUAAAAGCCAUACAACAACAAAAAAAUUACAUUUUUUUUUGGAUAUUUAAUUUUUGUUUGCAGCAAUUACUAAGCUCUUCUGCAAAGUGAAUAUGAUCUGCUUGAUGCCCGUAUAUCAUGUUGCUUCAAUUAUGAUACCAUUACCAAUUCUGUAGGCGCAAGAAUAUGGGAGUUGCGUUGCUGGAAAAGUUCCACAGGUUGAAUGUGAUAUGUGUUUAAAGGAAUUUCUUGCCCUAAAAACAUGCAUGCAAAAUACGCUGAGAGGGAAGUUUUAAGGUUGAAUCCAACCUCUUUCCACGGUCUGUAGAAGCAGCCAUAUCUCCACAGCCUCUAUUAGUAAAGCCAGGAGUGAAGAAAAUCAGAAGAAUGAGAACAGUGCUGUAUUCUCAAUCUAUGCAUUCUUUGUCGACAUCAAAUUUUGUGGAUGAGAUUUCUUUCUGCUGUAUUUAGUGCCUAAAGGGCAGGUUUAAGGUUGAGGAGCUUCCAGCUUUUACUAUUGAGACAUGCACUGAACUUCAUACUGCUGUUCUUCCCUUAAAGCUCAUAGCCAGCAUUCAAGGGCCAACUACAAUAGUAUUUACUAGAUUCUGCCAAGUUCUAUUAUUGCCAAGUUCUGCCAUGUUGGGAAAGGCAUCAGGUGCUCAACCAAGUGUCGGGUUAAGUGGAUGUGGUGCUCUUUCACAUGUUUACAUUCGGCAUCCACCUGUAAGAUGCAGCAUUCCUGGAUCAAGAGGUCUAUUCUAUGAUGAUGGGAAUAAGUUACUACUCUCUGUCACAUCUGAUCAGGUUUUUGCAUGGAAAACUGUUCCACUUGCUCUGUUCGAUGCUCCUACACCAGAUUCAAUAGGUGAAGGGCCAGUAAUUUCUAUUCGAUAUUCACUAGAUGAGAAGAUUAUUGGAAUUCAACGAUCUAAUCUUGAGAUUGAGUUCAGGAUAAGAGAUACUGGGGAGGCUUUUGUCCAUAAGACUAAAUCAGAAUCUGAGAGCAUACUGGGAUUCUUUUGGACAGAUUGCCCAUCCUGUGAUGUUAUAUUUGUGAAGACAAGUGGUUUGGAUCUGUUUGCAUAUGAACCUGAGCUGAAGGCACUCCGAUUGGUUGAGACAAAAAGAUUGACUGUGAGCUGGUAUAUUUACACACACGAAAGUCGGCUGGUUCUUCUUGCCUCUGGAAUGCAGUGCAAGUCUUUCACUGGAUAUCAGUUUUCAUCUGGGGGAAUUAUUCGCUUGCCAAGGUUUGAGAUGGCAAUGGCAAAAGCAGAGGCAAACGAGAAACCUGUCCUACUUGCGGAAGAUGUUCAUAUUGUUACAAUGUAUGGUAGGAUAUACUGUUUGCAAGGUGAUAGGACUGCAAUGCUACUGCACUUGUAUAGGUUUUACCGGGAUGCCAUUGUACAACAGGGUUCUUUGCCAAUUUAUUCGAGCAAGAUUGCAGUCAGUGUGGUUGAUAAUGUACUAUCUGUCCAUCAAGUGGAUGCCAAAGUUGUUAUUUUGUAUGACAUAUUUGCAGAUUCCUGGGCACCAAUAUCUGCUCCACUUCCUCUCCUACUGAGGGGUUUUCCAAGGGCUAAUACUUCCUCCUCUCGAUUAAAUAGUAGGGAUACAGUCCAUGUAGAGGUAAGUGAAAUGAGUGAUCAUGAAGGUAUCAUCUAUGGAGAUGAGUGGACUUUUCUCAUUCCUGACCUUAUAUGUGAUGCUGCUCAUGGUACUUUGUGGAGGAUUCAUUUGGACUUAGAGGCUAUUGCUGCCAGUAACUCAGAAGUGCCCUCUGUUCUAGAAUUCUUGCAGCGCCGUAGACUGGAAGCCAGUAAGGCUAAGCAAUUAUCCUUGGCGAUUACUUGCACUAUAAUUCUAGAACGGAGACCGGUACCCAUGGUUGCUAGAGCAAUUGAUGUGCUAGUCACCUCUUACUCUCAUUCAAUUAAAACAGGAAGUUCACUCCUUGGGAAGACAGUGGGUGGUGAGACUACUUCCACUUCUGGAAUACAGCAUGCAUAUAACUCUAGAACCGGAGAUGGCUCUCUGACUAGAAUUGCAAGAAAUGGAAAAUCGAUGCAUGAAUCCGCAACUGCAAGUGGAGUGGAUGGGGAACCUCAACAAUCCAGGACUGGAGAUGUGGAAAAUGGAUCUCGGGAUCUUACCACAGGUUUGACUGUAGAUAGAACAUCAACUUCACUGGUUUCAGACUCUGAGGAGAAUGUUGGUUCAGAAAUAAUGAAGAGCAGUUCAGGAAAGCCUCUUGAAAAGACCCAAUCCAACAAUCUUCAGUGUGUGGAAACUAAAGAAGGUAUGGGGGCUGAAACUUCUUCUGGUGUGGGCAGCAGUUCAGGAAAGCCUCAAGUGCUUGGUCCCAGAGGCAAUCCAUUGAACUCUGAUGUUUCUGGGCAGCAGGAGUCACAAGUUGCUUCUCCAGCAAUUUCACCUGAUGAGAUGUACAGUUUUGUCUUUGCUCCUGUAGAGGAAGAGAUAGCAGGAGAUCCUUGUUACUUGGUUGCUAUUAUUGUUGAGUACUUCCGCAGUAAUUGCAGUGCUGCCUUGGAAAAACUCAAAGUUCAUCCAAAUCUGAAUGUCUUGACCGUACAAUUGCUAGCCCGCAGUGAGCACUAUGUGGAACUUGGGUUGUUCAUCAUAAACAAGAUCCUUGAGCCCUCAAAAGAAGUUGCAUUACAACUAUUAGAGUCAGGUCGCCAUAAUAUCCAGACAAGGAAGUUCGGUAUGGAUAUGCUGAGACAGCUCUCGUUGCAUCAUGACUAUGUGUUGCUUCUAUUGCAAGAUGGAUAUUAUCUUGAAGCCCUACGUUAUGCACGAAAAAACCAGGUGAUUACCAUCCGGCCUUCAUUAUUUCUCCAAGCAGCAUUUGCUUCCAAUGACUUGCAACAUCUAGCAGCAGUCUUGAGGUUCUUCUCAGAUUUCAUUCCUGGCUUCAGAAACACAACUGAUUACAAUACAUACUGUCGCAUUCUAAGUGAGAUGAGCUCAUCUGUAACUGCUUAAGGCAUCGAUGUAAGAAGGUACUAGCAGCAGAUGGAAUAGCAAACUAUCAAUCCAAAAGACAGAG